CUCUUCCUAGCACCCUCCUAGCACCUUGCUAGUCCGACCGCCCUUGUUGCGCCCGCUGGUUGCUGUACGGUCCUUCAUUCCAGAAUGCGUCUGAUCAUCCGCGACAACGCUGCUAACGUCGGGGAGUACAUUGGUGACUACAUCGCCAAGCGCAUCAAUGAUUUCGAACCUACGCCAGAAAAGCCGUUCGUCCUCGGCCUCCCCACCGGCUCCUCGCCGAUUCCGACGUACAAGCACCUCAUCAAGCUCGUCAAGGAGGGAAAGCUUUCCUUCAAGAAUGUUGUGACGUUCAACAUGGAUGAGUACGUCGGCCUGCCGCGCGACCACUCCGAGUCGUACCACACGUUCAUGUUCCGCGAGUUCUUCUCGCAUAUCGACAUCCCGCCGUCGCAGGUGAACAUUCUCGACGGGAACGCCAAGGACCUGAUCGGCGAAUGCAACGCGUACGAGGCCAGGAUCAAGGCGCACGGCGGGAUCGAGCUCUUCCUCGGCGGGAUCGGCGAGGACGGGCACAUCGCGUUCAACGAGCCCGGGUCGUCGCUCGCCUCGCGCACGCGCAUCAAGACGCUCGCGUACGACACCAUCCUGGCGAACGCGCGGUUCUUCAACAACGACAUCGCCGCGGUCCCGCGCAUGGCGCUCACCGUCGGCGUCGCCACCGUGCUCGACGCGCGCGAGGUCGUCGUCGUCGUCACCGGCCAGCGCAAGGCCCUUGCGCUUAGCAAGGCCAUCGAGGAGGGCGUGAACCACCUCUGGACGCUCUCUGCGCUGCAGAUGCACCCGUGGGCGCUGAUCGUCGCCGAUGAGGACGCAACCGCUGAACUUCACGUUAAGACCGUCAAGUACUUCAAGUCCAUCGAGCGGGUGCAGGAUGAGGUUGAGGAGAUGCAUGCCAAACUCCGUGCGGAGGGCAAGAGCGAUCAGGUUGGCAGCAUGGAGUGAGCGGUCGUGUCGAAUGUAACGGUCAUUCUUGAGGCAAAGCCGCGGCGCAGUGUCUGAUAUAUUCUGACAUCUUGGCUAGAGUAGAACAAAACGAUCAUAGUGUAAUAUACCAUCAUUUCACCACC